GACGCUACACGAAUCAGGUCUGUUUGGGCCCUAGGCGAGAGGAAAGAAGAACUGAAGAAGUGAGAGAUUGAGGGAAUUGUUCCUCGGUUAGGCGGAAAAGAUGUUCUUGCGGGCGAUUGCACGGCCAUUGAUGGCCAAGGUGAAGGAGACGACCGGGAUCGUGGGGCUCGAUGUGGUACCCAGCGCGAGGGAGGUAUUGAUCGGGCUGUACGCUAAGACCCUGAAGGAGAUCCAGGCUGUGCCGUCGGAUGAGGGGUACCGGAAGGCGGUGGAGAGUUUCACGAAGCACAGGCUGACGGUUUGUCAAGAGGAGGAGGACUGGGAGAAGAUCGAGAAGCGCCUCGGUUGCGGUCAGGUCGAGGAGCUCAUUGAGGAAGCCCAAGAUGAGCUCAAGCUCAUCGAGAAAAUGAUCGAGUGGGAUCCUUGGGGUGUUCCCGAUGACUAUGAGGUUGAGGUUAUAGAGAAUGAUGCGCCAGUUCCAAAGCAUGUUCCUCUUCACCGGCCCGGACCUCUCCCUGAGGAGUUCUACAAUACAUUGGAGGCUGUCCGCAAAACAGAGACACCUGCUGCCGAGUCACAGUUGAAGGAGUAGCAUGCUCCUUUUUCCCUGCACUUGUUACCAGAUGAAUCAACUUUUUCCCGCCAUCUGUCCCUUUGUUUGUUUGUUAUUUUGUAUCUCUUGUUGGGUAGAUUGAAUCGAGUUUAAUUUAUGAGACAAGCUUGAAUUGUUCAGUUAAUAAACCUGAGUGGGGGUUCCAAAACCUUAUUAUUUUCGUCAAUGCUCCUUCCUGGCUUCCUGCAUCUCAGUGGAUAUAUUUGUCAUUUGACGAGUUACAUAUGGAAUCUGAAAUUUCACUCUUCUAGUCAUA